AUGCCAGCCCAGAAGCGUGCCUUACCUGAGUCAAUGGAGGAUGAAGAAACUUCACAGCAUCUUCACUAUUCUCGCCAUGUCAAGCAUCAACCGAACAACCGCGACCCAAACUUCAUCGACCAACAGCAUCAACUCGAACAAGAGGAAGAUGAAGAAGACGAUGAUGAUCAGCAAGAGCAAGACGAGGAGGAGGAGGAGCAAGGGGAGGAAGAUGAAGAUGAAGAAGAGGCUGAAGAGGAUGAUGAUGAUGAAGAUGAAGAUGAAGGGCAGCACCAUAACGACGAUAAGGAAAAAUCACAGGAUUCCGACGAAUCCCCUUCUUCUGACUCUGAAGAAAAACCUGAAUAUGUGUAUGUAGAACUUCCGGAUAUUCGUAAAGAUGUCCAAUGUCCAAUUUGCCUUGGUAUUAUCAAGAAAACAAGAACUGUCAUGGAAUGCUUGCACCGCUUUUGCAGGGAAUGCAUUGACAAAUCAAUGCGACUGGGGAACAAUGAAUGCCCUGCUUGCCGCACACACUGUGCCAGCCGUCGCUCUUUGCGAGAUGAUCCAAACUAUGAUGCCCUUAUUGCUACUUUAUAUCCAAAUAUUGAGAAGUAUGAGGAAGAGGAGCUUGAGUUUCGUGAAGAAGAAAAGAACCGAAAUAAGCAGAUUCAAGCUUCAAUAGCGAAAGUAUUUCAGCGGCAAUCUGAAGCACUAACCAAAAGGCGUAAAGAUAAUACACCAAGUUCAUUUGUGACAAGAUCACAGCGGAAUCAAAGAAACCUUCAAUCCAGGAGACAAAAUCAAGUUGCUGAUAUUCAAGGAUCUGAAGAAAACGAGGAGGAAAAUGGAAACAAUGAAAAGGACUCGUCUUCUGGUGACGAGCGGGGUACAGAACUCCGACAGAGAAAACGAAAGAGAUGGACCAGAGUUCGCUCCUCUCAGCCCUCGUCAUCAAUGGCAAGUCCUGAUGGUGGAAGUGUGGAAAGUGAUAUGGAUAUAACUAGAGAAAAUCGAGGAAUUUCAAGGCAGGUGUCGAAACCUAGGAAGCUUACUUGGGGAAGAGGUGGUUUUAGAAGUAAUACAAGACAUGGCAGUGGUGGUGGUAGCAAUAGCAAAAAUUCUCGCAGUGGCCGAAUGUCUAGAUUGGUUGAUUAUCUCAAAAGCUUGAAUGAAAACACCGAUGAGUUUGAUGUUCAUCUCAUGUUUGUUUCUCCGGACAAAGAAGCUCCUACACCGAGUUUGGAGCAGCUUCACCUGUGUUGUCGACCAACUUUGUCUGUCAAGAACCUUUAUGAAUAUGUUGCUAGUCAGACACCUUUGACAGUUGAAGAAGUUGAGAUACUGGCAGUUAAAGGAUGCAGCAGUAUAAACCGUGACAAGUCAACCGACGAGAAAUCAGUCGUGGAAUGUGAUGAGCUAACAUCACUGGUUAUAGAUCCACAAAAGGAUGAAUUGGAACUUCUGCAAGCUCAUGAAACUGUGGCAGAGAUUAGAUCCAAAUCUAUAUCUAAAAAGGGGCAUUUGAUUCUGGCAUAUAAGAGGAAGGUGUAG